CCUGGAUACAGCGCAACAAAUGCGGAGUUCAUCUGUUUGUCUCCUGGCUAACGUUAGCUAACUACAGCAAAUUUGUAGUUUUUAACAGUUCAGUUCGUAUUCUUUAAUUAGUAGAGGCUAUACCGAACAUAAAUGGAGUCGGAGGUUCAGCACGGACGUCGGAAAGGAUCCAGUGGAUGUGAGGUAGCUUUUAGGACAAGUCAACCACCAGACCUCCGACAAGUCACUGUCUUAAGGAAGGCUGAAUGGCAAAGGAUUCAAGAUGAACUGCGCCAGGUCAACAAAGAGAAGGAGAGUAUAAGAGAGGCAGUUAAACAGAGAGAAGCCCUGCACCUGCAAUCACAAGAGGUGGUCAAACUGUGGUCCAAUACCAUCUCUGGUCAAAGGCAAAAGAAGCUAGAGGCAAGGAAGAUUCGGGAGCAAAUCGAGGAGGAGAAACGAAAACUGAUUGAUAUAGAAGAAGCCAAAUACAGGGAGCAAAAGAAGACAGAAGCCAUCGAGAAAGCCAGAACUCAGCUGUAUUAUCAAACGGACCGGGUCAAAGGAUUGCACCGUGCGCUCCUCCUGACAGAGGUGCUGAAGGAGAGGGAGGCUCAGACUGAGCUGAAGCAAAAGACAAAGAGUUCCACUAAAGACGUGGACAAAGGAUACCUGGAUACGGUGAAGACUAAGGAGGAAGACGAGUUGAGACGGGAGCAGGAGAAAGCGCUGCAGACGAAACAAAGGAGACAGGCUCUGGCAGAAGAUCUGAAAAAACAAGUAAAGGAAAAUGAGCUCAUGAGAAAGCAGCUGCAGCAGGAGAGAAAGAAAGACGGAGAGGAAAUCCAGCGGCUUCAAGAGCUCUACAUGUGGGAGCAAAGGAUGGAGUCAGAAAGACAAGCGAAUCAGAAGAGAAACCUCAUGCAGGCUCAUCUGGAGCACCUGAGCAACAGAGACCUCAUCAGAGCAACAGACGCACAGAAAGAGGAGGCCGAAGCAGAGCACAGGAAACUCUACCUCUCCGCAAAACAAAAAAUGAUCAAGUUACGGAAAGAAAAAGAGAAAGAGCUUUUCAGAGAGGCUCAGAUGCGCAGAGACAGGAUCAUGAACAAGCUGUCAGCUUCGCAGCGGGAGCAAACUGUCAGUGAGGCGCAGAGGAUCGCCAGGGCCGUGGCCGAACGCGAUGCAAAACAGGCGCAACAGCAGCGGGAGGAGGAGGAGAAGAAGGCUGCGAUGAUUAAGUCGAUCGCCGCACAUCGAGAAUUCAUGAGACGAGAAAAAGAGCAGAGGGAACGAAUGGCCAAGCAGAACACCAGAGACACGCUGGAGGCCAAGAAAGAGGCCGACAGGAUAUUUACAGAGAAACAACAACUGAAGGCCCAGAAGCUCAGAGAACACGAAAGAAAACUGAAGGAAUUCAAUGCUGCGCAGAUGGCCGAGAAAAGCGCCAGGGUUCAGCAGCUGAAACGAGACGAGUGCGAGUUCCAGGCAAAGAACGCAGAACUCAUCGCUCAAGAGGAGAACAGGUUCCAACAGUACUCACAGAGCGUCAUCAGAGCGGCGGCGGAGGCCCAGCGAAAUGUGUUUCCGCUCUGCAAAGCUGCGAGGGAAGGCGCCGGAGGAGGGAACGGCCCCAUUUUUAGCGGAGUCAGGCCUAGUUAUCUGGUUCAGGACUCCACUGGCGCUCAGAUGACCAAAUUCAUGUCCGGUGCCACGGAGAACAUUAAAAACCUUCACGAGGCCGUAGACUUUCAGGAUGCCAAGAGACGGCUUGGAUUCACGUGGUAAUAGUUUUACUCAGGCUACGAUUUUUAAACAUACCAAGUGUUUUGAUAAAAGAUAUUCGCAGUCACUCCCUCACUGCCCUUUGGGAUUUCACAAAGGAAUUAUCGUUACUUCUGCAGAAUCAAGUACGAGACAUGCUGGUGACAUUUAAGCCUCCAGACGUCAUGUCUGGGGCCUGUCGCCGGCUGUUGUUUGCGUCCCUCGUUUCUGGUCGUCUCUAAAGAAAACGAGCCGACAUACUUUAAAGGUUUGAAGCUCCUACUGUGUCCGUACAACACGCUAAACGGAUACGUUCAAGAUUCCUCGAGUCUGCCUUAAAUAGUCAAGUGGUUAUUUAACAGGAGCCGUUAGUGCUCAGUGUUUCCAGCCAGUCCAUGUCAGCCAAAAAUAAAUUGAAAUAAAAUUUGAACACAAAAAACUGUAAUGAAAGGCGACAGCUGUAUAUUGUGUACAGAAGGGAUGAUGACUCUACAUGUCAGGAUCAGCGAUCAAACGGUUUAAAGAAAAUACUGAACAUGUUUUUAAUUUUAAGCAGAUGAAUGAAUCGCUACCUCACAGCAGGAAGGAUGUUAUGGCUGAUUUGUCAGUGUGAUGUUGAUGGAUAAUUCUCCUCCUGACUGAGGGCUGAUCUAUAUAUAUUUCACUAAUAAAUAAGAGUGAUUUCAGACACAACCUUAAAGAUUUUCCAAGGAUGUUCUACAAAAUAUUUGAGAAGUACAUGAUUUAUGGUCAAUAAUCCACUUGAAUGUUUUAAUGUUGUUGCUGGAAAUGAAUGACCCAAUAAAAGUCAUGAUUACCUCACGCAGAGAAUACGACUCAGAUAAAUGUACGUACGUCUGGGAAACAUUGAUCAACUGUUAAUGAAUCAAUUAAACCAAUCAGUGCAGUGACCUUUCCUUCUAAUGUCAUGGUUUAUUUACGCGUGUUUGGUUGUGACUAAUGGAAGAAUCGUGAUUGUGUUUCUAACGGAGCAUUAAAAACAAGUGAUUUUUUUUGACUUUUUGUGACUUUUUAUUCACUCCACUCCAGUUGAGUUCUUAAGAUCAACGUUCACAAAACAAUUCAUACAAACCGCUUUUAUGUCGUAGUUACGGCCUGACACUGACAUCUCGACUUUCAGA